CGGUCUGGGGGCUGGCGUCGGGGCUCUGAGUCUGGGGACUGCAGACAGGAUGCUGUGCACCCGGAGGCUGGGCGGCCUGGGGCCUGGCGUCGGGGCUCUGCGGCCCAGACGAGCCUGCCGGGGCUGCCUCGGCGCGGGGAGCUGGGCACGGACAGUGAGCACAGGCUGGUCCCCGGUGGGCGCCGCCUUCAAUGUCCAGCCCCGAGGGCACCGCUGGCACCUGCUGGGCGAGCGUCAGGGUCUUUUCGGAGUGCCUGAGCUCAGUGCCCCGGAAGGAUUUCGCCUUGCCCAGGAGAAAGCCCUGAGGCGGACGGACCUGCUGGUGGAGCGUGCCUGCUCGACGCCGCCGGGGCCCCAGACAGUGCGCAUCUUCGACGAGCUCUCGGAUUCCCUGUGCAGAGUGGCUGACCUGGCGGACUUCGUGAAGAUCGCGCACCCAGAGCCGGCGUUCAGAGAGGCGGCGGAAGAAGCUUGUAGAAGCAUCGGCACUGUGGUGGAAAAGUUGAACACAAAUGUGGAAUUAUAUCAAAGUUUGCAGAAAUUACUAGCUGAUAAGAAUCUCGUGGAUUCCCUUGAUCCGGAAACCAGGCGAGUGGCCGAACUGUUCCUGUUUGAUUUUGAAAUCAGUGGGAUCCAUCUGGAUGAAGACAAGCGUCAAAGAGCAGUGGAUCUUAAUGUGAAAAUCUUGGAUCUGAGUAGUAGAUUUCUCAUGGGAGCCAACUUCCCCAACAAGAUUGAGAGGCAUGUCCUGCCCGAACACAUUCGCCAUAACUUUACACGUGACGGGGAUCAUGUAAUAGUUGACGGUCUACAUGCUGAAGCCUCAGAUGACUUGGUGCGAGAAGCUGCUUAUAAAAUUUUCCUUUAUCCCAAUGCUGGCCAGCUGAGAUGCUUGGAGGAGUUGCUCAGCAGCAGAGAUCUGCUGGCCAAGUUAGUAGGAUAUUCCACGUUUUCCCAGAGGGCUCUCCAAGGAACAAUGGCUAAAAAUCCAGAGACUGUCCUGCAGUUCCUGGAGAAGCUCUCCGACAGACUUUCUGAAAGAACCACAAAAGAUUUUGAGAUGAUACGAAGGAUGAAAAUGAAACUAAAUCCUCAAAAUUCUGAGUUAAUGCCUUGGGAUCCCCCGUACUACAGUGGUGUGAUUCGUGCAGAGAGGUAUAAUAUCGAGCCCAGUUUGUACUGCCCGUUUUUCUCUCUCGGAGCUUGCAUGGAAGGGCUGAACAUUCUGUUUAACAAACUGUUGGGGAUUUCCUUGUAUGCGGAGCAGCCUGCUAAGGGAGAGGUGUGGUGUGAAGAUGUUCGAAAACUGGCUGUUGUUCAUGAAUCUGAAGGAUUGCUGGGAUACAUUUACUGCGACUUUUUUCAGCGAGAUGACAAACCACAUCAGGAUUGCCACUUUACAAUCCGUGGAGGCAGGUUGAAGGAGGAUGGCGAGUACCAGCUCCCGGUCGUGGUCCUGAUGCUGAAUCUCCCCCACUCCACAAGGACUUCGCCAACGUUACUCACUCCUGGCAUGAUGGAGAACCUUUUCCACGAAAUGGGCCACGCCAUGCACUCCAUGCUGGGCCGCACUCGCUACCAACACGUCACUGGGACCAGGUGUUCCACGGAUUUUGCUGAGGUUCCCUCUGUUCUGAUGGAGUACUUUGCCAAUGAUUAUCGAGUGGUUAACCAGUUUGCCAGACAUUAUCAGACUGGGCAGCCUCUGCCAAAAAAUAUGGUGUCUCGUCUCUGUGAAUCCAAAAAGGUUUGUGCUGCGGCUGAUAUGCAGCUCCAGGUCUUCUAUGCCAUGCUGGAUCAGAUCUACCAUGGGAGGCAUCCCCUGAUGAAGUCAACCACAGACAUUCUCAAGGAAACACAAGAGAAAUUUUAUGGACUACCAUAUGUGCCAAAUACUGCCUGGCAGCUGCGGUUCAGCCACCUCGUGGGCUACGGUGCCAAGUAUUACUCUUACCUGAUGUCCAGGGCAGUAGCCUCCAUGGUUUGGAAGGAGUGUUUUCUACAGGAUCCCUUCAACAGGGCUGCCGGAGAGCGCUACCGCAGGGAGAUGCUGGCCCACGGCGGGGGCAAGGAGCCCAUGCUCAUGGUUCAAGGUCUGCUCCAGAAGUGUCCUUCUGUCGAUGACCUGGUGAGCGCCCUCGUCUCCGACCUGGAUCUAGACUUUGAAACUUUCCUCACGGAUUCUGAAUAAUGGAUAAACUCAGAUCUUUCAACUCAAGAUCCUGUGGGUAUUAACUUUAUUAUAAAUGCAACAGCUGUAAAAAUACAGUUUGAGAAUCCAGUAUUCAUGUGUGUCAUAAUUGUUGAGAUGCCUUAAACUGUUGGAACUUAGAAUAAACAGUUUGUUGUAACUGUGCUGGCUUUUUACCUGUUUAAUAAAAUUCUGAAUCC